GAUCCAAAUCCAAUAGCUUCCACCACCGACCCACUCACACUGAAAAAAUGGGAUUGAGAAGGAGAAGAGUGAGGAGAAGGUCAUGUUUGAUUGUGUGUGCGUUUUGCAUUGGUAUGGGGCUGCUGAUGCUUUCUCUGAGAACCGUUGAUUCUCCUCCAAAUCCAACCGAUGUUGAUUUUCCAGUGAAGCUCGAAGUUCAAGAAGAGAGCUCGGGUCCCGUGAGCGGUGGCGAUGCGGAGGAUGAGGUUGUGGGGAAGAUAGGAGGAAAGUCGGAGACUGAGAGAUCAUGCGCCACGGUGGAGGAGAUGGGAGAGGCAUUUCAUGGAGGGUUCUGGAAUGAAAGCCUCCGAGUCAGAAGAAUUAUUCAGAACCACUUUGCUCUAAAUGGUGCUUCAAGAGUGCGAAGUCUUCCUCCGGAGCAGUUCUGCAGACAUGGUUUUGUGAUGGGGAAAUCAUCUGAGGCAGGUUUUGGAAAUGAAAUGUACAAGGUCCUAACUGGUGCAGCACUAAGUAUAAUGUUGAACCGGUCUUUGAUCAUCGGGCAAACCAGGAAGAAAUAUCCUUUUGGUGAUUACAUUUCUUACUCGAACCACACUUUUACCUUGAAAGAAGUCAAGCAUCUGUGGAGACACAAUGGCUGUGAGAAAAAAUAUAAAAGGCAUCUGAUUAUGAGGACUGAUGAUUUUGAGAAGCCAUCUGAAACAAAUGUCCUCUGUAGCGAUUGGCAGAAAUGGAAGCACCCAAUCAUUUGGUUGCAAGGUACCACAGAUGCAACGGCAGCUCAAUUUUUCUUGAAGAACAUACACCCUGAGAUGAGGAAUGCUGCUUCUAAUUUAUUUGGACAGCCAGAGUCUCUCCAAUCUCGGGCUAACGUGUUUGGGGAGCUGAUGAAAGUCCUCAUAUCUCCUACAAAAGAUGUAGAGGAAGCAGUAAAUUGGGUUAUUGGGGGUGGGGUGGAUCCUGAUAUCUCAUUGCACAUGCGGAUGCUUAUGAAUAGAUCUGUAAGAGCUGUACGAGCUGCAUUGAAUUGCGUCAGAAAAGCCAUACGCAUACGAAACCUCAUGUCAAGACCAAAGGUACUUCAUUUUGAUUUUAAACUUUUCAAAGGGAAUAUAUCUAGUGGCGAAAAUGGAUUGCAUAAUUUAGAUUUUAGGGUGAAGGAUUGGGGCCCCGCACCUAGAUGGGUCGCAUUUGUGGACUUCUUUCUUGCAUCACGUGCUAAGUAUGCUGUUGUCUCUGGGGCUCACAGGCGUGUUGGGACUACCUAUGCUCAGUUAAUAGCUGGGCUGGCUGCAGCAUACAGUCUUGAGGAGAAUUCUACGGGACCAAGUUUUUCAUUCUUAAGUAGCUUCCAAGGUAAUUUGUUAGAAGAAGGUUUAAGGCUUCAGGUUGGAUGGGGACAUGUCUGGAACAGAUUUGCUGGUCCAUUGAGUUGUCGUCACCAGCCCAGUCAAUGUGCUUUUACACCGCUUCUGCCUCCAGCAUGGUGGGAAGGACUUUGGCAGUCCCCGAUUCCACGGGAUAUCCGUAGGUUGGCUGCCUAUGGUAUCCAAUUGUCUGGCUUUGGAACUGUUGAUGAAGAUUAUCUUCAGUCAUUCUGUAAGUCAAGAAAAACUGUUGUGAAAACUGUACCAUUCAUUUUGUAAUAGUUGGAGUUGCAUUUUUUAUUCUUCUUAUCAACGUAACCAUAAUGAUGAGAGAAUUUUAGUUCAA